AUGCGCUGUGUCUCCCUGGCUGAUGCUACCCCUUCGGUAUGGCUUACAUUCACACUUUGGAACUUUGGUUCUAACUCAGACAGGUUGAACGUCACAUUCUCUUCCAUAUCCGUGAGGAGCUGGAGUUGCACUACAAACAUCUCGCAGACAAUCCCCAGGCCGCUGAAGCCCAUAGAGUCUUGCUGGAAUACGUCAAGACUACCUACGGCCCGAUCCAGCAGCACCUUGACGAGCUUCUCUAGAAAGGAGAUUACGUAUGACCUGCUGUGGGCCCUUUUCCGACCGAACACAGAGGCUUAUGCUACCUGCCGUGGCACUGGUGCACCGAGAUGCGUCAUUUACAAUCACUGCGAGGAGAUGAAGAGACUAGCCGGUUCGAGAUAUCUCCACGUUAGUACCCGUUUCCUGAACAGUGAUGGAAGGGUACUUGGGGAAACCACCGUGUGUAUCGAAAUUGACAUCUUCCGGGGGGCUAAGCGGAUCGAGCUUCUCUCGGUAUAUCCUCUCGAGUACCACCCCGAACCAGACACAACCAGGAGACAGAUUAUUGAAUGCGGCCGCGAGUACGUCUCCUUGAUGGGUAUCCAUCAUCGGCAGUAUGACGGCACGGUAUUCUACAUUGAUGAUGUAGGCGAAAUCGUCCGUUGGUAUAUUUAG